AGCAGAGAGACGCCGAGGAGUUAAACUUGGAGGUGGGGGAGCCGGAGUGCUGCGGGCUCAUGUUUUUUGGGUUGUAAACUGAUGAGAUCAUAAGUGUUUUUAAGCAAGCAAGCAAAGAAACAGAGGGAAAAAAACCAGCCUUGAGAAAUUUGGUUUUUCAGGGGAGAAAAGCCAGAGACAAGAACCAUGGAGUCCACGAAUAGAUUCCUUUGGUGUCUGCUGUUACUUUUGCAAGAGAUGCUUGUUCAUCCCUAUUCAGUCCCUGCAGACGCCGCCAAUCUCGAGAGCGUGGUGGUGUCUGUGCUGAACGUUACCGCCAAAGUGGGCUCGCAGAUGGUCCUACCUUGCAAGAGCUACCGGAUGGUGUGGACCCAGGAUCGCCUGAAUGACCGCCAGCGUGUGGUCCACUGGGACUUGUACAGAAACCAGUACGAAGAUUACAGCAGUGAGCGACUCUGCGACAUGUAUUCGGCCGGGGAGCAGCGAGUCUACAGUGGCUACAACAAAGGCCGGAUAUUUAUGCCCGACGCUGCAUUUGAGGAUGGCAACUUCUCGCUGGUCAUCAAAGACCUGGUCGAGAGCGAUGAAGGCAUUUAUUCCUGCAGCCUCCACCACCAUUAUUGCCACCUGUACGAGACGGUGAAGAUCCAGCUCGACAUCACCAUGAAAGCGAAACAAGUAAAGGAGUAUUGGGACGGGGAGAAGGCAGUGAUUGUGGCCUUGAAAGGGAGCACCGUGGAGCUCCCCUGCAUCAACCGGAAUCACAUCUGGACGGAUCGAUACGAUGAGGAGGAUCAGCAAGUGGUCCACUGGGACCGGCAGCCACCAGGCGUGCCUCACGACCGGGCCGAUCGCCUCAUUGACUUGUAUGCCUCUGGAGAACGGCGCUCCUACGGGCCUCUCUUCAUCCGGCAAAAGAUGAAUAUCACCGAAAGGGCCUUCAGCCAGGGUGACUUCUCCCUCAAGAUAUCUGGUUUGGAGGCUGCGGACGAAGGCACCUACUCCUGCCAUCUCCACCACCACUACUGUGGCCUCCACGAGCGACGUAUCUUCCGGGUGUCUGUCGUGGAGCCAGAACCAGAAAGGAAGGUGGUGAACACGACCCGCCACAACGCACCGGCUGCAGAUCCCAAUGCGGGCCGUGGACACCACGUGAUCAAUGUCAUUAUCCCAGAGAGCCAGUCACAUUUCUUCCACCAGCUGGGCUACGUCUUGGCGACUCUCUUGCUCUUCAUCCUCCUCCUCAUCCUCGUGGUCCUCGUCACUCGCAAGCACCGCAGGAGAGGUUUCGAGUACAACAUGAAGAAAAGUGACCAGAAAGACAUGAAUCUCAGGGAGUUUACGGCUGACACAACCGAUCUCUCCAACUACAAAAGUGAAGACAUUAAAUUGGAUUAUAAGAACAAUAUCCUGAAGGAGAAAUCCGAGCACGGCAAGCACUUCCCAGCCAAGAACAUCGACUUAGACAAAGACUUCAGGAAGGAAUAUUGUAAGUGAACGUGAGGAUCCACAGCUCCUGGCUGGACCAGAAGCCCUGAUUAGAAGUUAAACAAGCGGCAGAAACUUUAUGACCUCAUCUUUCCAGUUCCAAAAGAGCUCUCUGUAGACUUUCUCCCUCUCCUGGGGAAUCAACCAAAGCCACCGAUGAUACUUCGAGUUACACUUUUCCUCUUUCUUAUCCUACAAGAUGAUCAUUUAUAAAAGGAGAGGUUUUUUGGGGGGGACGGGGUGGGAUUUUUCACUUUUUUGCUUUUCUGACCCCCCCCCUUUAAUUUCCCUUUUUUCUUAUGAUUAUUUUGGUUUGAUUUGUAUCAAUAUUUUGAGAGGUUUUUUUUUUUAAAAAAACCCUGACUUUUAAAAAAUAAGCUGGGGAAAAUAGGUGCUUUGCUUGAUGUUAAACACAAAAUGGAUAUUGUGAUAGCUCUUAUUGCGCUGACAUUUAAAAUAUUUUUUUUUCCCCUGAA